AUGACCAAUUCCAAUGACAUGCCGCUUGCUGCCAAGCCGAUUGAUCGUGCCGCGCAUCACCGCAAGGACGAUGCCUGGCUGGAUGCAGCUUUUGCGCGCGACGAUGUGCUGGUCCUGAUGCUGCGCAAUGGUGAUCCAUUCGCUGCGACAGAUGGCGGCCUUGUCUGGAUGGGGCCGGAAAUCGAGAAAGUCUCGCCGGGUUCUCCCCGCAUUUUCCUCGGUCAGGAUACGAGCGGCGCACCCGUCUUCGCGGUCAAUCUGCCGCCCAAAUUUGAUCUUGAAACCUCUCUCAUCGCAGGCGUCGGCGAGUUCAUUGAGUUUCGCGCGGCGGCCGGGCGCAUGAGCGCGCUGGAGGCCAAUUGCACCUCGACCGCACGCAGCAUCUUCCUUUGGCACGCCUCGCAUGGCUUCUGCGCAAAGUGCGGCGCAGGUACCGCGAUUGUCGAAGCAGGCUGGAAACGCGAAUGCCCCGCGUGCGGAACCGAACAUUUUCCGCGCACGGACCCCGUGGCCAUCAUGCUCGCGGUCAAGGGCGACAAAUGCCUUGUUGGCCGACAAGCAAAUUGGCCUGCCGGAUUUGUCUCCUCCCUCGCAGGCUUCUGCGAGCCAGGCGAAACAAUCGAGCAAGCCGCCGCACGCGAACUGGAAGAGGAAGCCGGCAUUGUCUGCGACCCCGCCAGCGCCGAAUACAUCGCUUGUCAGCCCUGGCCCUUCCCGUCUUCGCUGAUGGUCGGCCUGAUCCUGGAAGCUCAGACAGACGAAAUCACGGUCGACACCGACGAGUUGGAAUCGGCUGAGUGGCUUACGCGCGACGAUGUCAAACGCAUGCUGGCUGGCACGCACGACCGCUUCUUCUGCCCCCCGCCCAUGGCCAUCGCGCACCAUCUGUUGAAAGNCAAGCUGAUCCUGAUUCAGCGGCCGCCCGGAUCGAACAGGCAGAAGCUGAUGAAGCGCGGAUCACCAGCGUCCUUGGUGUGGACACGCGUCUUUGCCCUACUGCCGCAAAUCGAGCCGAUGCGGGACAAUCUGUUCAAGAGCCGCAAGGCCUAUAACGCGGUCUGGAUCGCAACCAUGAUCCUGUUCCUCGGGAUCCAGGGCGGCAUCGCGUAUAUGAUGGUCCAGUCAACCGGCGAUCAGAUGCAAUCGAACGAGUUCGUUCGCAUCGUCAUCGCUGGCACGGGCAUCCUGUUCAUUGUGCUUGGAAAUUAUUUGCCCAAGACCCGCCAGAACUGGUUCCUCGGCAUUCGCACACCAUGGACCUUGUCGAGCGAGUAUACCUGGGAAAAGACCCACCGGCUCGCCGGGCGCCUGUUCUUCGGGGUCGGAUUCAUCUGCCUGAUCAGCGCUUUCAUCAUCGAUGGGAUCAGCGUGGUCGCCGUGGUGACGGGCUCAGCGGUCUCAUCCGCUCUGAUCAGCGCGGUCUAUUCGUUUCUCGUCUAUCGCAACGCCCCGGACAAGCGGGUCAGCCCAGACUAUAUCGUUUGA